UAAAAAUGGCGGCGCUCGUGGGCCGUCGCAUCGGUCCAUGUGGUUUCCAACACAGAGACAGUCAUAACUGAGGCCGGUACCGGUAGUCGCGAUGCUUCACUUACUAAUACGUGUUAACAUGGACUAUCAGUAGGCGUAACGUUUUUUCAACGUGUGUUGUCUGAGUAUUCCAGGUCAAUCAAGGUCAGUCUGGGCAAUCAACUUAUCAAGCACAUUACAGCAUGCAGUACUGCCAGUAGGCCUGACUGAGCUGAGCACCUUAGCCUGGCGUUUGUGUAGAGGCUUGAUCAUCACCAGCAUUGAUCAGCAUCGGCCAUAUCGGCCAAGCUACGGUGAUAAACCUCCACACUACAGCACUGGAGUGUACUCACAAAUUAGGCCUAUAAGCUUUUGAUAGGGCUAUCGAUAAGAAAUGAACAUUCUAGAGACAGAAAAUGCAGCAGCUGGAAGUGCUGAUCCAAGCAUUUCACCUUCUGAUCAAGAAAAAGGCCAUAGGUGUCGCCAGCUGACGGUUGAAGAGUGGACAAAACUGAAUGCCGAUAACAUGCUGGUGUCAGACUACAAACAAGCAAAGCUUGAGCGAGAAGCUCGCAAGAACUGGGACCUCUUCUACAAGAGGAACUCCACCAACUUCUUCAAGGACAGACACUGGACAACCAGAGAAUUUUGUGAACUGGCAGAGCUGGAGUCAAAGGAUGGCAGCAGGCCAGGCCAGAGGUUCUUACUGGAAGUGGGAUGUGGAGUCGGCAAUGCCAUCUAUCCACUGCUGGAAGAGAACAGACAGCUGUUUGUUUAUGCCUGCGAUUUCUCACCCAGAGCUGUGCAAUUUGUCAAGGAGAAUCCUGCCUAUGACCCCAGCAGGAUUUGUGUCUUUCAGUGUGAUUUAACUGCUGAUUCGUUACGAGAAAGUAUCCCAGAGUGCCACUUGGACAUCGUCACCAUGUUAUUUGUUUUGUCAGCAAUUCAUCCGGAAAAGAUGCCAUUAGCAUUGAAAAAUGUCUAUGAGGUGCUCAAACCAGGUGGAUGCGUGUUGUUCAGAGAUUACGGGUUAUAUGACCAUGCCAUGCUACGAUUCAGUAAAGGUCAUAAACUAGGAGAAAACUUCUAUGUACGGCAAGAUGGCACAAGGGCUUACUACUUCACUGAAGAGCAUCUGAGCAAGUUGUUCACAGAAGCUGGUUUUGAGGCCGCAAGCAGCGAGUAUGUCCUAAGAGAAACAGUCAACAAGAAGGAGGGACUGUGUGUGCCCAGGGUGUUUGUACAGGGGAAGUUUACCAAGCCAAGUCAGUCACUGACAAGCUGACAGCUAGCUUCUGCAUGCUGAUGUGGAGUAUGGAAGGUUACAGGUUUGGCAGAAACAGUGGCAGUUUUAACGCAGGUCCUCUUUGUUUUUCCCAACUGUUGCUCUGAGCAAUCAGUGCAUGUAGUAUUUCUUAUCUUAACAGUUUCCUGACAUUGAACACUCACAGAUCAUGUGAAACUUCCUGUUCAUUAUUAAAGUAGUAGUGUUUGCGGUA